GUCCUUAGAACACAAGCGGUUUUAUAGUUAGCAUCUGAUUCAGGCACAGACGCCAGAGAGACAUACCGACAGGAGAGCUCUGCCGGGAGACAGAUUAAAGUUACAGAUAAAAUGGCGUCCAUGUUGAUGAACUCUCUACGGUGCUGUCCUCCAGUCAACCCUGCCUGGGCUGUACAGUAUGCAACCCGCUCCCUCAGUACAUCAGUCCAGCUCCACGCCCAGGUCCAGACUAAGAGUAAGAAGACAUUGGCUAAACCUGGAGUGAAGAACAUAGUUCUGGUGGAAGGAGUCAGAACACCUUUCCUCCUCUCAGGAACCACAUAUGCUGAUCUGAUGCCCCAUGACCUUGCCAGAGCAGCGCUGCAGGGUCUGCUGCAUAAAACCAGUCUCCCUAAGGAUGCAGUAGAUUACAUCAUCUAUGGAACCGUCAUCCAGGAGGUCAAGACCAGCAACGUGGCUAGAGAGGCUUCAUUGGGAGCAGGCUUCUCUGAUAAGAUCCCAUCUCACACCGUCACCAUGGCCUGCAUCUCCUCCAACGUCGCUAUGACAACAGGUGUGGGGCUGAUCACAUCAGGCCAGUGUGAUACUAUAGUUGCUGGAGGGGUGGAGUUUAUGUCGGACGUUCCUAUUCGUCACAGCAGGAAGAUGAGGAAGACCAUGUUGGCUCUGAACAGAGCGAAGACCCUCGGACAACGCCUCAGCCUUAUAGGCUCUAUCAGGAUGGCUCAUCUCACACCCGAGCUGCCUGCGGUAGCAGAGUUUUCCACGGCAGAGACGAUGGGUCACAGUGCGGACCGUCUUGCGGCGGCGUUCGGAGUGACCCGGCUGGAGCAGGAUGAGUUCGCUCUACGAUCACACACACUAGCCAAACGGGCUCAGGAUGCAGGACUCCUCAGUGACGUCAUCAGCUUCAAGGUGCCAGGUCGUGACAUGGUCACCAAGGACAACGGGAUCCGGCCAUCCUCCAUGGAACAGCUGGCCAAACUGAAACCUGCCUUUAUCAAACCUCAUGGCACUGUUACUGCUGCUAACUCUUCCUUUCUGACGGACGGUGCAUCAGCUGUCCUCAUCAUGUCAGAAGAGAAAGCCCUGGCCAUGGGAUACAAGCCCAAAGCCUACCUCAGAGACUUUGUGUUCGUGUCUCAGGACCCCAAAGACCAGCUGCUGCUUGGGCCAGCAUAUGGAACCCCGAAAGUUCUGGCACGUGCAGGGUUGACUAUGGAUGACAUCGAUGUCUUCGAGUUCCAUGAGGCCUUUGCCGGCCAGAUCAUGGCUAACCUGAAAGCGUUGGAUUCAGACUGGUUUGCACAGACCUACAUGGGACGGAAGGCCAAGGUGGGGGCCCCUGCCAUGGAGAAGUUUAACCUGUGGGGGGGCAGUCUGUCUCUUGGUCAUCCGUUUGGAGCCACCGGCUGCCGUCUGGUAACCACGGUAGCACACCGUCUGCAGAAGGAGGGGGGCCAGUAUGGACUGGUGGCUGCAUGUGCUGCGGGUGGACAGGGCCAUGCGAUGGUGAUCGAAGCAUACCCACAGUAGAACAGGAUUCUGGGAGGACUGAGAUGAUGCAGGAGAAGACUGUACACAUACAGAGUGGAAUAACACCCACAUUAUCAGAUUGUACAUACUAACACCACUGUGCCUGGUUGGGUUAGGGCAUGUGUUUGUGUGGAGGAGAGUGGGUGUAAAUUAUAGCAGAGUUUUAGGUUGCCUUGCUGUUAGGGUACAACACUGCUGUAGCAUUCACACAGCCAGUAAUGUAACAGUGGGGUGUUCUCCAUAGUCUGUGGCCUCAUUUCCUCUCCUCAUGAAAGGAAGUUCUUAGUCGGCAUCACGGUGGACAACUACCAUCAGCUGUGUUCUUAUCAGAUGGAGGAGAAGCCAUUAGACUUUGAGAUGCACCCUGAUCAGAUCAACAUGAUAUGUUUUUGUUUUCUUACAAAUUAAUGUGUUAUUACAAUGAUUUAAUUAAAAAAUAGAACUAGUCUACAGCUUCCCAUAAUAGAUUAGUCAUUUAUUUUCUGUGUUUGUAAAAUUGUAACCUCCAUUACCAUGAAAAAGUUUGACAUCUAAAGCAACAUUUUCUUCAUAGAAGGUUGUUGUGCUGUAACAAGCCUAAAGCUUCUGUUCUGGUUAGCAGCUGUCUGUUGAUCACACCUGURGAAUGGAGGAAUCCACACAUCUCCCGUGCCAUGCAUCAUGAGCUCUCCUUUCUGGGGUGGCUUCAACACCUUCCCGUCGGUAAAUCCCAUCACGCCUCCAUUCUGCUCCUCCCACCUACAKGCAGAAACUUUAAACAGGAAGCACCCGUGGACUGUCCAACGUUGGUCUGACCAAUCAGCUAUGCUUCAAGUAACUGCUCUCUGAAAGAUUCUAAAAAGAGGCCAUUUAUUUGGGGCCCUGUAACGUCUCUGGGCCACGGCUGUGAAAUCCAGCAGGCUACUGGCUUCAGACUACUAGCUCUGUUGGCAGAGUUUUAUAGUUUACUUUGACAUCUUUUGGAAAGCGAAAAUGCUCUACARGAAUGAAGGAGUCCAUCCAAAUGAAUUUGGCUCCUGGACACUGUUCGUGCAUAUUUCAAGSCUGCGUUGAGACAAUAUCUUAUCAGUGACCCCAGCUCAGAUAGUCCCUACCAUUGUGUCGCUGUGUGUUCGUAGUGCAGCAGCAAAUGUACACUGAAAUAAAKACCCRCAUCAGCUGAAAUUAAAGAUCCCAUAAAUGUUC